AUGGCUACCGCUACGCAUUUAUACGGAUUUAAAACUCCCUACACUUCUUUGUCAAGGAGAGCUUCGUACUACCAAUCUUUGUUGUCGCAGCCCAGGCUUGAUGUUGCAGUGUCCGUGGCUUCUGUUUCUGGACACUGUACAAUACUGAAGGGUUCUUCAUAUAGGGGAAGAGUUCUGAGAGUUAGUGCUGGGCAAGGAAAUAUUGAUGUCCUUGAGCGGAGUGACACCGAGAAUCAAGGUUCACAAGGACUAGCUAAUGAGUUGACAUGUGUGAUGAAGUUUGGUGGAUCAUCGGUGGCCUCGGCUGAAAGGAUGAGAGAAGUAGCUGACCUCAUUCUCAGCUUUCCAGAAGAGAGGCCAGUGAUUGUUCUCUCUGCUAUGGGGAAGACAACGAACAAGCUUUUACUGGCUGGAGAAAAGGCUGUCAGUUGUGGUGUUUCAAAUGCCUCUGAUAUUGAAGAGUUGACCUUCGUGAAAGAAUUGCAUCUCAAGACUGUUGAUGAGCUUGGAGUAGAAAGGUCUAUCAUUGCGGCACACCUAGAGAAAUUGGAGCAACUUCUUAAGGGAAUUGCUAUGAUGAAAGAAUUGACACUACGCACAAAGGACUUCUUGGUCUCAUUUGGGGAGUGCAUGUCCACCAGAAUUUUUGCAGCAUAUUUGAAUAAAAUGGAUGUCAAAGCCCGCCAAUACGACGCCUUUGAUCUCGGUUUUAUUACAACAGAUGAAUUCACAAAUGCUGAAAUUUUGGAAGCAACUUAUCCAGCUGUUGCAANAAGAGUUGACCUUCGUGAAAGAAUUGCAUCUCAAUUAGGAUAUACAUUAUUGAUUCUGAACACUGAUAUGUCUUCAGCACACCUAGAGAAAUUGGAGCAACUUCUUAAGGGAAUUGCUAUGAUGAAAGAAUUGACACUACGCACAAAGGACUUCUUGGUCUCAUUUGGGGAGUGCAUGUCCACCAGAAUUUUUGCAGCAUAUUUGAAUAAAAUGGAUGUCAAAGCCCGCCAAUACGACGCCUUUGAUCUCGGUUUUAUUACAACAGAUGAAUUCACAAAUGCUGAAAUUUUGGAAGCAACUUAUCCAGCUGAACUUGAUCAUGUUCUCGAAGAACUUGAGAAAAUUGCAGUUGUGAAUCUCCUACAGCACAGAUCAAUCAUUUCUCUGAUUGGAAAUGUUCUGAGGUCCUCACUGAUAUUAGAGAAGGAACUUGAUCAUGUUGUCGAAGAACUUGAGAAAAUUGCAGUUGUGAAUCUCCUACAGCACAGAUCAAUCAUUUCUCUGAUUGGAAAUGUUCUGAGGUCCUCACUGAUAUUAGAGAAGGUCUUUCAUGUCUUCCGCUCCAAUGGAGUCAAUGUCCAGAUGAUCUCCCAAGGUGCAUCUAAGGUCAACAUCUCAUUGAUAGUAAACGACAGCGAAGCAGAACAAUGUGUCAGGGCUCUUCACUCUGCUUUUUUUGAGAGUGAUCUCUCGGAACUAGUCUGGGAAUAUAGAUCUGAAAAUGGGUCUGUUGCAGCAUUGCAAAGUUGA